UCGUAUCCUCCAUCGAGAGAGAGAGAGAGAGAGAGAGAUCUCAAACAUCCCCAAAAAUCCAACUUUUUUUCGAUCGAGUUUUCGAUUCCCAAACCCUAGGGUUUCUUUGGAUCUUGGCUUAUCGAUGAAUUCCUCGCACUUUAUGGACAAGCAGAUCAUGGGGCUUUCGGGAUCGCAGAGCGGCGGGGAGCUCCUCGAUCUGAUGAGCUCGCCGGAGGACAAUCAGAUCGAUGGAGGCGGUGUUAUGAAAAAGGAGGAAAUCGUCCCCAGCUAUGACUUCCAGCCCAUCCGCACAGUCGGAUCCUCGCCGCCUUUGAACAGCAGUGGUGGUACUGACCGGGGGCGGCCGUCUUGGGGCUCUGCUGAUUCCAAGUUGGCCUCCGCGAGUCUCAAAUAUUCUGCUGUUUUAGAGCCUCAUGAAUUAUCUAAAGUUAGUCAUGAAAAAGAGAAGGGCAGUUAUGACGUGGACAUAGUAGCAGAAAUUGAUCGUACAGUCAAGAAGUAUGCUGAUAAUCUGCUUCAUGCUUUGGAAGCUCUAAGUUCAAGAGUGUCACAGCUUGAGAGUAGAACUCGUAACCUUGAGUGUUCUGUUGAUGAACUGAAGGAAUCAAUUGGGAAUAGUAAUGGAAGCACUGAUGGAAAGCUAAGACAACUGGAGAAUAUUCUGAGAGAGGUACAAAACAGUGUGCAGGUUCUGCGUGACAAACAGGAGAUUGCAGAAGCUCAGCUGCAUCUAGCAAAACUGCAAGCCUCCAAGGGAGAAAGUGCUGAACCUCGAAAAUCUGGACAUGUGGAGUCUCAGCAACAACAACCAGCUCUGCCACAGCAACCCGUACAACAACCACAACAACCUCCAGUUGUUGCUCCACCACCUCCACUUCCUGCACCACCUCCGCUUCCUGCUCCAGUUGCUCCUAAUGCCCCUCCACCACCCCCUCAACAACAAUUCCCACCUAGUGGACAAUAUGUUUCUCAGUUACCUCCGUCCCAGGUACCCCUUCCAUCCUUGCCACAGGACCCCUAUUACCCGUCACCAGCACAACAAACAGAGACAACACCCCAACACUAUCAAGUUUCAUCUCACCAGCCCCAGCAGGUGCCACCACAGCAAUACCAAUCACCACCUCAGCUUUCACAAUAUUCUCAGGGAGCCCAACCAUCACAACCUGUUAACCCUUCAUUGCAACUACAACCUCCAUUGCCUCAUCAACCUGGAGAUUCUGCUCCAUAUAUGCCACCACCCUCACAAGCCUACCCCGCAAGUAUCCGCCAACCUCCUCCAUCCCUACCACAAAGCGGCCCACCUCCUUCCCAACAAUUCUAUGGACCUAACCCUUCUAUGUUUGAACCACCUGUGAGUCGCCCAAGCUCUGGACAGUUACCUUUCCCUUCUGGCUAUGGUUCCUCUAUGGGAUCUGGCUUCUCUGAUUCAUACCCUUAUAGUGGUUCCCCUUCACACUACAGUUCGGCAAUGAAACCUUCUCCAUUCUCAUCCUCUGCCCCUUCAUCUGGUGGGAGCAACUAUUCACGCCUGCCAACGGCCCAGCUAUUACCUCAAGCACAGCCAGCUGGGUCUAGUAGUUCUGGAGGCUCCACAGGGAAUAGAGUGCCGCUUGAUGAUGUUGUGGACAAGGUUUCAAGCAUGGGCUUCUCAAGAGAUCUGGUGCGUGCAACAGUGCGGAAACUGACUGAGAACGGUCAGUCAGUCGAUCUGAAUGUGGUUCUGGAUAAACUUAUGAAUGAUGGAGAGAUUCAACCUCAAAAAGGAUGGUUUGGGCGGUAAUACUGUUUGCUAGCCUCAUCGGAUAUGUGUAUAAUGACAAUCAUCUUUCAUCUUUCAUUUGUAAUUUGUUGAGACUUGAUUUCUUUCCAUGUGCAUGCUUAAUCUCUUUAUGUGGUGAUGAGUUGGACUAAGUAUCUACUGUUUCAUAUUCAAUUGGAUACACAGGAGCCUUGUGUUUCUCUUGCUCUGA